AUAUUGUUGUUGUUGUAGCCCUGGAUGUCGUUAUCGAGUGUUAUCGAUGAAUCGAAAUUAAGGCAACCCCGAAAACGCCACUUUUUCCCGCUGUCGCUUACACAUACAGACGCAGCAACGCGCAAAUCGCUCUCGCUUCUCCAAAAUAAUUUGGAAAACUCAAUAAUUAAAUAAUUUUAUCAUAAAAAGCAAACAAACGGCAUUAUAAAUAUGUCGAAAACAGAUGCCGCCACAGUGGAAACCAACGAGGAGAACUCGAAUGAGACUACCUCGGAGGCGGCGACCAGCUCCUCGGGCGAAAAGGAAGCCGAAUUUGACAAUAAAAUCGAAGUAGAUCGCAGCAGACGCUUCGAUUAUUUGUUAAAGCAAACUGAGAUUUUUACACAUUUUAUGACAAACAGCACAAAAAGCCCAACCAAACCAAAGGGCCGACCCAAGAAGAACAAGGACAAAGACAAGGAUAAGGAUGUGGCAGACCAUCGACAUCGCAAAACAGAGCAGGAGGAGGACGAGGAGCUACUUGCUGAGGACUCGGCAAGUAAGGAACUAUUUCGUUUUGAUGCUUCGCCGGCCUAUAUUAAAGGUGGUGAAAUGCGAGACUAUCAAGUACGUGGUCUCAACUGGAUGAUAUCGCUUUACGAGAACGGCAUCAAUGGAAUCUUGGCGGAUGAAAUGGGUCUGGGUAAGACUCUGCAGACCAUCUCUCUGCUCGGUUAUCUAAAGCAUUUCAAGAAUCAAGCUGGACCGCAUAUUGUAAUCGUUCCUAAGUCAACUCUUCAAAAUUGGGUGAACGAGUUUAAGAAAUGGUGUCCUUCUCUCCACGCUGUUUGUCUCAUUGGCGACCAGGACACUCGCAACACAUUUAUUCGUGAUGUCCUGUUACCUGGGGAAUGGGAUGUUUGCGUCACUUCAUACGAGAUGUGUAUACGUGAAAAGUCCGUCUUUAAGAAAUUCAACUGGCGCUACAUGGUCAUCGAUGAAGCGCAUCGCAUUAAGAAUGAAAAGUCAAAACUUUCGGAGAUUCUGCGCGAAUUCAAGACCGCAAAUCGUCUGCUUAUUACUGGAACGCCUCUGCAGAACAAUUUGCAUGAGCUGUGGGCGCUGCUUAAUUUUCUACUACCCGAUGUAUUCAACUCUUCGGAGGACUUUGACGAGUGGUUCAACACAAAUACUUGUCUGGGUGAUGAUGCUCUUGUUACGCGUCUACACGCUGUACUCAAGCCAUUCCUGCUGCGUCGUCUGAAGGCAGAGGUGGAGAAACGAUUGAAGCCCAAAAAAGAGAUGAAAAUCUUUGUUGGGCUGUCGAAAAUGCAGCGAGACUGGUAUACCAAGGUGCUCCUGAAAGACAUCGACAUCGUCAACGGCGCUGGAAAAGUGGAGAAAAUGCGGCUUCAGAACAUUUUGAUGCAGCUGCGCAAAUGCACCAAUCAUCCGUAUUUGUUCGAUGGCGCUGAGCCAGGACCUCCAUACACAACCGACACUCAUCUCGUCUAUAACUCGGGCAAAAUGGCUAUUCUGGACAAGCUUCUUCCAAAGCUACAGGAGCAAGGCUCUCGUGUGCUAAUCUUCUCGCAGAUGACUCGCAUGCUGGAUAUUCUUGAAGAUUAUUGCCAUUGGCGUAACUAUAACUAUUGUCGCUUGGAUGGCCAAACACCGCAUGAAGAUCGUAAUCGACAAAUCCAGGAGUAUAAUAUGGAGAACAGCACCAAAUUUAUAUUCAUGUUGUCGACUCGAGCCGGUGGCUUGGGUAUCAAUUUGGCCACCGCCGAUGUGGUCAUUAUUUAUGAUUCAGAUUGGAAUCCACAGAUGGAUCUGCAGGCCAUGGAUCGUGCCCAUCGUAUUGGGCAAAAGAAACAAGUGCGCGUGUUUCGACUAAUUACCGAAAGUACCGUAGAGGAAAAGAUCGUGGAGCGUGCCGAGGUGAAGCUGCGAUUGGACAAAAUGGUUAUUCAAGGCGGCCGUCUCGUUGACAAUCGUGCCCAGCUCAAUAAAGACGAGAUGUUGAAUAUUAUUCGCUUCGGUGCCAAUCAGGUAUUCAGCUCCAAGGAGACAGACAUUACCGACGAGGACAUCGAUGUCAUUUUGGAGCGCGGCGAGGCAAAGACGGCCGAACAGAAAGCUCAUUUGGACAGCUUGGGUGAGAGCUCGUUACGUACUUUUACCAUGGACACAAACGGCGAAGCGGGCACCUCAUCUGUUUAUCAAUUUGAGGGCGAGGAUUGGCGCGAAAAGCAAAAGCUAAAUGCUUUGGGUAACUGGAUUGAGCCACCCAAGCGUGAACGUAAAGCGAACUACGCUGUGGAUGCUUAUUUCCGUGAGGCGUUACGAGUCUCUGAACCAAAGGCACCCAAGGCGCCACGCCCGCCUAAACAGCCUAUUGUUCAAGACUUUCAAUUCUUUCCGCCGCGCCUAUUCGAGCUGCUCGAUCAAGAGAUUUAUUACUUCCGCAAAACUGUUGGCUACAAAGUGCCCAAGAAUACGGAACUCGGUUCAGAGGCCACCAAAGUGCAGCGUGAGGAACAGCGUAAAAUUGAUGAAGCUGAACCGCUCUCCGACGAUGAAAUUCUUGAGAAAGAAAAUCUGCUGUCUCAGGGCUUUACAGCUUGGACAAAGCGAGAUUUCAAUCAAUUCAUCAAAGCGAACGAGAAAUAUGGACGCGAUGAUAUCGAAAACAUUGCCAAGGAUGUGGAGGGCAAGACACCAGAAGAGGUGAUUGAAUACAAUGCCGUAUUCUGGGAGCGGUGCACAGAGCUGCAAGAUAUUGAACGCAUCAUGGGACAAAUUGAGCGUGGCGAGGGCAAGAUUCAACGACGUUUGUCCAUCAAAAAGGCACUCGAUCAAAAGAUGUCUCGAUAUCGCGCGCCUUUCCACCAGCUUCGGUUGCAGUAUGGCAACAACAAGGGCAAAAAUUAUACAGAGAUCGAAGAUCGUUUUUUGGUCUGCAUGCUGCACAAGCUCGGCUUCGACAAAGAAAAUGUUUACGAAGAGCUGCGCGCGGCCAUACGCGCCUCGCCGCAGUUUCGUUUUGACUGGUUUAUCAAAUCUCGCACAGCGCUGGAGUUGCAAAGACGCUGCAACACACUAAUCACGCUUAUCGAGCGUGAGAAUCUUGAGCUUGAAGAAAAAGAGCGCGCCGAGAAAAAGAAGAAAACGCCCAAGACUCCGGGCGGCAGUAGCACGAACACUCCUGCACCGCCGCCACAGCAGAAGGCAAAUCAGAAGCGCAAAAGCGAGGUGGUUGCCACCAGUUCCAAUGCUAAAAAGAAGAAGAAGUAAAGAGGCCGCCACCAUGACGUUACUAGUGAAAAAACAGUUAAUAAUAUAAUAAUACAAGUAAUAAUAACAAUAACAAUAACUACACAAAUACGAUUUAUAUGAGAUUCAGCUCCGCACAGCAUUAUUUUAUAGACCAUCCACAAAAACAUUUUACACUCGUUUGUAGUUUCUUAAUUUACAAAACAAAAGA